GUCAGGAGUACACCUCUUUGCUCGUCCGGCGGGCUAGAUACUACCGCUACAUGAAUCAGUGGAUCUUUCGUAGCUACGACCUCCUGGACGUGGCUGUCAAACGAGCUGCCGCUUUGGACAAGAAAGCUGCGAAGGAGGGUGUGGAUGCGCUGGCCCCACUGUAUGGCUUACCUAUACCCAUGAAAGGAACUGCGGCUGUGGUGGACUUCCCAUCGGGCUGCGGCGUGGGAAUCCUGAGCCAAUACACGCCUGUGAAGAACAGCGAGCUUACAGAUCUGAUCUACAAGCGCAACGGAAUCAUCCUCGGGACUACCAACGUAAGUGAGGACACUGGCGGCUCCACCCGCGUACCAGCCCUCUUCAAUGGCCUCUUUGGCAGCUGGAGAGAUAUCCUCUUCUACGACAGGGCUCUCAUGCAGCAGAGGCACAACGCUGAGGCUUUGCACAACGCAGCACAGAGACUAGUCUGCUGUUAUUCGACAGAAGUUGGUUGCAGCGUUGGGACACCCUUACCUGGUUGGCUUACUUCUAACGGCUCUAACGGAGAUUUCCAGGACAGUCCAACCCUACCAGCAUGGUGUUUGGUCAAGUGCUUCCCUUGUCAAUUGAUUUGUGAAGGCGGGGCCCUUCGCAGCACUAUUCACCCAAGGGGACAAGAUCACAUAGGAUUUCCCGCUGCUUUGGAGCUGUUGUGA